UGGAGGCUUUUGGUGGAAACGGGUGACUACGUUGCUUUCCCUGAGUCUGCUGCAGAUGGUGUGGGAGACGACGGAGGCCAUUCACCCAGACUGUGCCCUCGUGGUUCAACACAUGAAGGCUCAGGAAGAAUGCAGCCAGAUCAUCAAGCAGCAAGAAAACAAGCUCUCCACUGGGACAGGGUGCCCAACAGUGUGGGAUGAGAUUCGCUGCUGGUAUCGUGCUGAGGUGGGACAGGUGGUCGGUGUAUCAUGUGCCAAUAUCUCCCAGCUGUUUAAUAACAAAGGUUACAUCUACAGGAACUGCACAGAAAACGGAUGGUCUGCGCUGUACCCAACCUAUACAGAAACCUGUGAUUUUGCAGAUGACAGUGAAGCAGAAUCAGAGACAACCUACUUCUCCAACUUCAAACAGGUGUAUACAGCUGGCUAUGCUACCUCCCUCAUCUCUCUUAUAUCUGCCAUUUUUGUCUUUAUAGUAUUCAGGAAGUUUCACUGCACCAGGAACUACAUCCAUAUGAACCUCUUCUUCUCUUUCAUCUUGAGAGCGAGCGCUGUCUUCAUUAAAGAUGAAAUUCUCUUCUCCAAUGAAGACCUGGACCACUGUUUCAUGUCAAGUACAUCCUGUAAAUCAGCAGUGGCCUUCUUUCAGUUUAGUAUCCUAGCCAACUACUUCUGGCUCUUGGUGGAGGGCAUGUACUUGCAGACCCUGCUGGCUCUCACAUUUGUCUUCCAGAAAAAGUACUUCUGGUGGUACAUUCUAAUUGGCUGGGGUCUCCCAACAACAAUCAUAACUGCAUGGGUCUUGACUCGGAACUUCUAUGACAACAGAGGCUGCUGGGAUGACACAGAUGUGGCCUUUAUCUGGUGGAUCAUAAAAGCUCCAAUAACCGCAUCAUUACUGGUAAACUUCAUCAUCUUCAUCAAUGUGAUCCGUAUUCUGGUGCAGAAACUGCGAUCCCCUGGUGUUGGUGGCAGCGAUACCAGUCACUUCAAGAGACUGGCCAAAUCCACUCUGCUGCUCAUUCCGCUAUUUGGGAUGCACUAUAUGGUGUUUGCUUUCCUACCAGAAAACACAGGAGCAGAGGCUCGUCUUUUCAUAGAGCUUGGUUUGGGAUCCUUUCAGGGAUUUGUUGUUGCCCUACUCUACUGUUUCUUAAAUGGUGAGGUGCAGGCAGAACUGAAGAAGAGAUUUUGGAAGUGGCAGACUCAGAGUUACCUGCGUUAUAGUAAACGACGUCGAACCUUGUUCGCUGAAAGCAGCACGGUUACUCAGAUAUCUGUCCUUGACAAAUCCAGCCCCAAAGGUCUGCCAGGCUCUAGGACAAAUGCCCUCUCAAGUAUUGUGACACCCUGCAACAUCUCCACAGUUUGA